AUGAGCAGCAGCAAUAGCAGCUCGAGGGCCGCUGGCGGCGCCGACUCCAAGGAUGACAAGGUGUUCUUCGGGCCCUUUGAUGUCACGACACAGGUCUUCCUCCGCACCCGGCACUCCUUCGCCCUCGUCAACCUCAAGCCCCUCCUGCCGGGCCACGUCCUGGUCUGCCCCCGCGCGCCCCACCGGCGCCUGACGGACCUGACGCCGCCCGAGCUGACGGACCUCAUGCUCGCCGUGCAGCGCGUCCAGCGCGCCCUCGCCGCGCACUACUUCCCUGCCGCCGCCGGCACCGGAGCCACCGGAGCCGCCGGCGCCACAGGAGGCACGCCCGAGUCCGGCUCGUUCAACAUCGCGCUGCAGGACGGGCCCGGCGCGGGCCAGACGGUCGCCCACGUGCACGUGCACGUCAUACCGCGCAUCAGCGGCGCGACGGCCAAGCCCGCCGGCGUCGAGGGCGACAAGCUGUACGAGGAGAUGGCCGGCGAGGAGGGCAACGUCGGCGGCGCGCUGUGGGACCGGGAGCGGGCGCGGGCGCGGGCGCGGUCGGCUGCGGCAGGGGCAGGGGCAGGGGCAGGGGCAGGGGCGGCGGCGCAGAGCAGCAUCAGCAAUAGCAAUAGCAAUAGCAAUAGCAGGCCGGUGCCGGGCGGUGGGUUCCCGCGGAUCGAGGACGAGGACAGGGUGGCGCGGUCGAUGGAGGAGAUGGAGGCCGAGGCGGCCCUUUUCAAAGAGGUGCUGGCGAGGAUAGAGAAGUGA